CGCCGCCCGCAGACGGGCUGGGUGCGCGCGGCGCGGAAGUAGUCCCCAGAUCAUCUGUUUUCAUUAAAGUAUGGAAUACAGAAAGCAACAUAGAACUUCAACUAGUGCUUUUGUCUCUUCUGAAAUUCUACAGGUUCUAUAAUUGGCACAUUCUGAGCAUCUACACAUUCUGAGGGUGCAGACUCAGCUCCCCACCAUGGAGCCUGACCACAAAUUUGGAGACAUUUGAGGAGGGUCGCCCUUCACCUUCUCCAGUUUUGCUAGCUUCUCUGGAUCCAGCCAUCCUGUUGCCUCUUCUCUGCUCUGUCAUGGCAUGCUCUCAGACAGCCCACCCCUGAGUGCAAAGAACCUGAACCACUUGCUUCUGCGCUGCUGUGAAUGGCCCUGGCCCUCUCGGCCACCCUUCCCAGUAGGAUGUCACUGAGAUCCCUCAAAUGGAGCCUGCUGCUUCUGUCGCUCCUGAGCUUCCUCGUGAUGUGGUACCUCAGCCUGCCCCACUAUAAUGUGAUAGAACGUGUGAACUGGAUGUACUUCUAUGAGUACGAGCCCAUUUACAGGCAGGACUUCCGCUUCACCCUGCGCGAGCACUCAAACUGCUCUCAUCAGAACCCGUUUCUCGUCAUCCUGGUGACCUCGCACGCCUCAGCUGUGAAAGCCAGACAGGCCGUUCGAGUUACUUGGGGUGAAAAAAAGUCUUGGUGGGGCUACGAAGUUCUUACAUUUUUCUUAUUAGGCCAGCAGGCGGAAAGGGAAGAUAAAGUGUUAACGUUGUCCCUAGAAGAUGAACACCUUCUUUACGGCGACAUAAUACGACAAGAUUUUUUAGACACAUAUAAUAACCUGACCUUGAAAACAAUCAUGGCAUUCAGGUGGGUAACUGAGUUUUGCCCCAAUGCCAAGUACAUCAUGAAGACAGACACUGAUGUUUUUAUCAAUACUGGCAAUCUAGUCAAGUAUCUUUUAAAUGUAAACCAGUCAGAGAAGUUUUUCACAGGUUAUCCUCUAAUUGAUAAUUAUUCCUAUAGAGGAUUUUACCAAAAAACCCAUAUUUCAUACCAGGAGUAUCCCUUCAAGGUGUUUCCUCCCUACUGUAGUGGGUUUGGUUAUAUAAUGUCUAGAGAUUUGGUGCCAAAAAUCUAUGAAAUGAUGAGUCACAUAAAACCCAUCAAGUUUGAAGAUGUUUACGUUGGGAUCUGUUUGAAUUUAUUAAAGGUGGACAUUCAUAUUCCCGAAGACACAAACCUUUUCUUUCUAUACAGAAUUCAUUUGGAUGUCUGUCAGCUCAGGCGUGUGAUUGCUGCCCAUGGCUUUUCUUCCAAGGAAAUUAUCACAUUCUGGCAGGUUAUGCUAAGGAACACCACAUGCCAUUAUUAAUCUGACAUUCUACUGCAAACUUAGAGGAGGACAUGAUACUUUGUGGAACGUGUUGGAGGUGGCACUGUAGUGGGACACGGUGGGAAGGUCACUGCUGGCCAGCUGAGCUGAAACCCGUGAUGCACCCAUGGGCGAGAGACUGCUGGACAGAAUCCGAACAGACCCUUUGAAGAUGAUACUGAGAGCAGUUAGACCAAGUGUUUUAUUCAUGAUAGUUGGACCAAUUGAACAUACCCUUCUAUAAACUAGGACUUCUUAAAAGGGUUUCAUUGAAUUGAAAGCUCAUUAGUUCAUAACAAAGUAAUGUGGAGCUCUAUUUAUUAAGUAGUCUAGUCAGUUAAGGGUUUUGUGUAUCUCUCAUAUGGAUUACCAAUUUUGAAAAUUAUAUAGUUCCGUGUAAAAAUCUUAAUUAGAGUUAUACCAAAUAAACUAUCAUCUGUUUUUGGUCAUUCAAAAGGUACUUCAAGAUGUUGCAGUGUUUCAGAGUUAUCAAUUAUUAUUUAAUACUGCUUAGAACCUUCUGGGUGUUUAAAUGUUAUGGUUGUUUCGAUACGGUAUAAACACAAUAGUGAAUCACCCUUUCCAUUUGAACUCUUUUUCAGCUCCUUCACUGAUGAGCUAUUGAUAGCUUCAUUAAUGUGAGGUCAUUGGUCGUUAUUGUGUAUCAGUAAUCUCUUUGACUUUGAUAAAUAUUUUACUGUGAUAAUAUAGAAAAGAAUUGAAGAAGAUCUGAAUUAUUGUCUUGUUUUUAAAAAUAUAAUUCCUCAGUGUUUUUAGAUGUCAUUUUAUUGGGCUCGUUUUCCAUCUGGGAAUUAGGAAUAAUAUAAAAUGCCAGGCAGUAUGUUUCCUUUCAUAAAGGACUCUAAAGGCAAAAAAGAAAAGAGAACCUGAUGGCUGGGACAUAAUGCAGAGUGUUGUAUUCCAGCACUUGGGUUGAAAAGAGAAGACUGAAGAUUUAAGUUAAGUUCCUAAUCUGCUCCAAGUGUUUUCUCAUUAACGAUCAGUUUGAUAAUAAAGAGAAAAAAUAAAAACCAAUGCUGCUCUGUUGUUACUCAUUUCACAUCAAGAGGAAAGCCCUAAUGUGUGGUCUAAAAAUUAGAGC